AUGUCCAGCUACGAGCCCAAGCCGGGCACGUACGACGAGCGACUGCUGGCCGAGGCCCCACAGGCGACGCGCGCGGCGAAACAGGAAGGAUACAACGUCGAUCUACUGAACCAGCCACACCCUGCCGGAGGCUCGUCGAACAGCCUGCAAGACCCGGUGCCCGCGCAAGCCGUAACGCCGAAUAGAAAUGCGUAUACGCCACCCACACCCGCCGACGCCGACGCCGUGCCACAGCUAUAUCCCAGUCGCAAGACACCGUGGUACCGCACCACGCGUGGCAUCAUCAUCCUCGCCGUCGUAGCUCUCGUCAUCAUCGGCGCCGUCGUCGGAGGCGCUGUCGGCGGCACCGUGGGCAAAAGCAAGAGCAACAACUCGGCUGUCCCGAACCCCUCGAGCUCGAGCUCGGCCACUGCGAGUGCACCUUCGUCGAACCCGUCAGAUAAUGGACUUGGACAGGGCGCCGGGAGUACCCCAGCCGCAACUGUCGCUCAGCAGGCAGGAAGCACCUCCGCUUCCGCGUCAAGUUCGACCGCGUCUGGCACUGAUGCCUUGGAGACGGGUGGGCCACAGAGACGGCGCAAUCGGAGGCGUAUCUGA